AAACAGCAGUCUUUGCUCAGUCGUAGCCGCAGAAAGGUGCACCCGUCGGGAUUCGAUUUCGAGCCUCGUACAAAUUCGAAUACUUAAGUGCCGGCCUUCGGGCGACUUCCAGCGUUGAGUAUAUCGCCGUGUCGCACCGCGUGUCGCGGAUUAAUUUACGCUCUCCCUCGGUUACUCGCGUAUCAACGUCGCCGACCUCGCUCACCUGAGGAAAUCAUCGUCGGCGCCGCGACUGGGCGCACAAUAUCUGCCUAGCUUUUAGUGUUUUAGUGAAACGAAGUACUCAAAUUAGAUCACCGGAAAAGCUUCCCUUAUUGCCAGUUACAUAAACUAAAACGCGAGUAAAUUACAUCAAUUGGUGGUUGUUUACAGUUUUCGUUAUUCAUACUAUCCAGCGCCAAACACGAGCUCUCAAAAGCAGCAUCUGGCGAAAAGUGGCUGCAACAGGAGAGCAAAUCUCGUCCGAAAAGGCAGACGUGAAUAGUAUAGUGAGGAAACAGAAAACAGCCGGCUACUGAAGGAGAACCGCAUUCGGCGAGAUAUGAAGCUCGUUCACGUCAGCCUGACCAUAUUGGUCGGACUUUGUAGCGCCUUGGUCUGCAGUGCAAAAGUGUCCCACAAAGUGUUUUGUUCCGAAGACCAGAUGCGGGUUAAUGUUGUCCUGCCAUCCAAUGACACCAGUAAUAUUUCCGUAUACCUAGAAGGUAUGAAAGGAUAUCCCGACCCGAAGUGUAAACCCAUCGUAAAAGAAACACUUGCGGAGUUCCGACUAUCAUUAUCCAAUGUCUACGAAUGUGGCGUCACCCGUAUAGUUAAUAAGAUCACUGGUAAAAAAGUGUUUUAUCAUCGAAUCAUAAUUGAAGCAGACCAAGAGUUUGGCAAGGAAGUCAUCAAUGUGAAGUGCAUCACCAACGGCCCUCUGUACAAUGUUACCCAUGGAAUCGUUAAACGAGAUGUGCUACCAGCGGGAUUUCAAGAACCAGAGGACCUGGAAAUCACGUCCAAUAUUACUGGAAGCGCACCCGAACCCUCACUAGACAUAGCAGUGCGACAAGGUGACGUGCGUGUUUCCGGCGACCUGAACGUCAGUCCAGGCACGAACCUGCAAAUGGAAAUCUUCCUGGACGACCAAUCAGCUCCAAUCUACGGCCUGGGUGUUAAUUAUAUGCAGGUUACUGAUACAAAUACCCAAGAGGAAACCAUCAUCUACAACGGUUGCUCCGUCGACCCGUACCUGUUUGAGAAUUUCAACACCGUAGACGGUGACUUGCUGACGGCCAAAUUCCGCGCGUUCAAGUUUCCAGAAUCGACCUACGUUCAGUUCCGCGGCACCGUCAAUGUUUGUGUGGACCGUUGCAAAGGCGUUAUCUGCAGCAAUGGGCAGACCGCGUAUGGGCGCCGGCGGCGUGAGAUUAGCCAGACCGCAGCCGACCCCAACAAAGUGUACGAAGUGUCAAUGACCACAUUCAUCAAAGUCAAUUAUGACGAAAAUGCAGAUAAGAGUACCGCCUCCGAGAUUGACCAAAAGUUUCGUCAACUGAAACUAGCGAACCAAAAGUUGGCUCGCAAUAGCCGUGCUGGGAACGUUUUCGAAAGCAUCCAUGUGUCCAAGGUGGCCGAAUCGAGUCCUAGUGAAAAUGCGAAGGUGGAAGAGACCAUUCUCUUCACCCGAGAGGUUAUCACCGAGCCGCAUGAAACUGUAAUAACUGGAAGAAGCAACUCCCAUCGAUCUACCUCCAGUUCGUUCAUCAUGCUGCUGGUGGUCAUGGUGGGGCUUUCGUUGCGCAAAGCUUUUCCCUAAAACAUCGAUUUCCUACUAAUGAUCUCAGUGAACAAUUUUGGCCUAACACGGAACACAACGUAGACUCAAAUAUUGACAAAUCAUGAAUCCGAAACAUGAACAGGACAUACACAAUGUUAAGAAGAUUGACUGCUCUACCAGAUUUCUAGAAUUGAAUACGCUAGCACUGUCCAAAUUCGAUGGAUGUAAAACGAACAUGGGUACAUUGAAUAAAGUGAAGAAGGAAAUUGCUGCCAUCUUUUCCUAUCUUCCUUGUACAAUCGAAUCUUCUAGACCACGCUUAAUAAGGGUGUACUCUGUAGGGAUUUUUUUUAGCAAUUUGUCGUUGAAGGCAUGAGAUGAAGAAGCAAAAAGAGAUUCACUUUGAGUUAAUUAUACAAUGAAGCCACAAAACAGCCAUCUUGGAAACCCCGUGCUUAUUGAAGUUUGAAAUUUUCAAAAGCACGAGUUGAGAAAACCAUUAUGUGCAUUGGAAUGAAAUAAUUAUAGAUCCUUAAUUUUCAGAGCUGUGUGGAAAUAAUUACUUUUAAUUUGGGAUUUUGGAAUUGUGAGUAGAAUGACAUAUUAUGAAUUUAAAAUCCAUCAUGGAAUUAUAGCAUACAGCUAUGGGGCCGUACACUAAUUACGUAAGGGCUAAUUAGGGGAGAGAUGGUCUGUUUAUUUACGCAUCAUAUAAAUAAAAAAAAUAAUUGUCGCUGAAACAUCUUACAUAGCCCAGAAGUAUACGGCACCAGAAACACUCCAGGUUUCCAUUUAUUUUAACACGCCAACCCACAUGGCCCUAAUGGUAGCUAAAUUUUUAAAUUUCACUGCUUUAAAAUUCAAUCAAAAUGUUGCAAAUUUUUUUAAUCUUUUAGACCUGUUAUAAUCAAAAUUGUCUUAUUUUUAUAUUGAAUCGCGCAUUUGAUAAUAUUGGCUUUGUCUAAUCGAUCCUUAAAGACAUGCAGGAGUUCAUCAAAUUCACUCACCCGAUGGAUUUUGACAUUUAAGCGAGGUUUCAUUUUUCAUUAUACGACCCGCUUAAACAUCAUAAUUUUUUGGGGAGUUCAUUUUACGUUGGUCUGUGAGACAAAUUUAGACAAUAUUAAAACGGUCAGCCUUCUUAACGUGUGAUUUAAAAACAAUUAACAUAGAUUGCAAACUUGUAAAUAUUACGAAACAAAAUUUGUUUAGCUAGUUAGACUGCUUACCACAAAAAAAAUCAUUUAAAAACUUGAACAUUUUAAAUAAGCUAACAUUAAUACGAAAUACUGCCUCAACAAAUUUUAAGAAAAAUGCAUUUUAACGAAGUUUUAAAGAGCGAUUUUUAUAACACUGGCAACAACAAAAAUGUGAUUGAUCAAAUUGGACUUUGUACAUUAGUUUUUCGUCCCAAUUGGUUGGCAAUUUGAGGAUACUGUAAAGCAAUGAAUUCUUCAAAACACAUAGAAAGCAAUGUAAGUUAUACUAGUCUAAUAUCUUUAAUAAAACGGAUCAACGAGAUCCGAGGUGUAAAAUUAGUUCUAAAAUAAAAAUCGAAAAGUGAAACAGUAAAAUAAGCGCGAACGAUAAGUUAUAGACGAAACCCAUCGAUAAGCGGGCCACGUGUGAAGCUUGGAGAAGCUUUGCACAUUUUCCUUCCAUGAUUUCGUAACAUUUUGGUGUAAUGCUUUUCUACUAGCUCUAUAUGUGUAACUAAAUAACGAGACUGCAUAACCACUCUCACUCCAAGCGUUGUGAACUAGCGUCAAUUAAAUUACAUUAAAAGAUCUAUGUUCAUAAAUGUUAGCCACAUGUGGCCCUUUUAUUGAACGGAAUCAAAUAUUAAUAAGAAUAAUGUAAAAUAACUGAAUUCGUAGCAAUAAACAACUAACGGUA